AUCGCAGAGAACAUUUAACUCACAGUGAAGUUCACACAGAGGAAAGAUCACCAGUGGGGACAAGGAGGUACUGCCAUAUGACCAGCAGCGAUUCAUGAAAUACUGCAGCGCUCCACAAGGACCAUUUGUACAACAUGGAAGCCAGUUCCUCAAACGUGGAAUGGCAGGAACUGCCCUAUGACCAAUGGACAGACUCUCACGUGAGCUCCUGGUUGAGAUUCAUUAAAAUAAAAGAAAACUACAUAGAGAAACUGGCACAUGAAGAGGUUACAGGACCUGUUCUCAUGAGCCUGCAUAAGGAAUACUUCAGCACCACGAUUGGAAUGAAAAGUGGCCCAAUUGAACAUCUACUGAGGAAAAGAGAUGAGCUGUUACAGUCAGAGCCAAAUAAACUGCAAGAUGAAAGUAGAUCACAUGUUAACAGCAGAGAUCACAAACAACACAAAAACAUGUCUGUUUUCAGACAAGACUCAAAAUCUAAUUCACAGAAACCUUCUGAGGGAAUGGAAAAGGACAGUAUUUAUAUGGAGUGCGAGGACAACCCAGCUCCAACAGGAGCAGCUUUACCUUCCUGUGACUACCGGAAGUUUGAUGAGCCCGAACAAGACUGUAAAUAUGUCAAACACCAUGUGCUACCUGCAGAGACUGGAGUUGAAAAUAUGAUUGUUCCAUGCCAUGAAUACAAGUCACUGGAGAUUGCACACAAAUUGGACUCUAAACGGCUUCAAACAAAAGUGGCCAGUGAAGUAUUAAGAUUUGCUUGUGCUUGCAUGAAUAUGCGAUCCAAUGGGACAAUUCACUUUGGGAUUAUGGAUAAAAUCAAAGGCGGCUGCCAGCAUGGUGAAAUCAUUGGGAUACCUGUAGAAAAUAAGGAGGAUUUUGUGGAUGCAUUAGACUACAUUGAAAAGUGCUUCAAAGGAUCAAAUCAACAAUGUGAUGCUAGGAAGUGCAUAAGGAACCCAAGAUUUAUUGAGGUGCUUGACAAGGAUGCCAGUCAGAAAACAUGGGUCAUUGAGUAUGAUGUUGUCUCAAAAGCAAGUAUUGUUAAAGAUAAACUUUACAGCACUGGUGUACCAAAAUUCUCUGAGGAGAAAAACAAAGUCAUACUUGAAGACAAAGUACCCUAUCACAGAGUGGGGGCUAACACUCCACGCAUAUUGGAGGAUGACCUUAUCCACUUCAUUCAAGGACUUAGAGAGAAAGACCAACAGAGAGAGGAGGCGGAGUCUUCCAGCACUCAAUCUACCACUGUUUGAAAGAAGAUCAAAAGAGAAAACUCUCCAUCCUCCUAACAUGUGGUAAGACAUACAUGGACAACUCU